GAAAGAUGGCGGGAAAUACGAGCGAUAGCGAGGAAGAAAUUCAAGAAAAUGAAGAAAAUAAACUCGUAGAUAUUGUCUCAGGUUUUCUUUUAAAUCGUGAUAUCAAAGAUGUAUGCACUUUAGAUGAGAUGAGAAACAACUUUCCUUUAAAAUAUAGAAUGCAUGAUGACAUCACGGUACUAUACAAGUCGUUUGUGAUGAAAAGAAAGUUGAUAAAAGGUGUAGUGAAGAGAAAUAUUGAAGAAUUUUAUACUAAAGGGAAAGAGAAAAACCGCAAAAGACACAGGCAGAGUAUUGAAAAAAAAAUUGCAGUUCUUGAUGUGAAACAAAAGCAACUUCAAAAGGAACUGGCCAGAGCAAGGGAAGAACUCUCUGUACUUCAAAAAAAUAUUGUCAGAUGUGAUGAAGCUGUUCAAGACUGCCACUUAUUGAAGAAAGAUGUCAAAGAUUAUUUUGAUUGGAAUCUUUUUGAAUAAAGUUUUAGGCAAUUGUGGUAGUUACGCAAUUUAUAUCUCUUGCGCAAGUAUACCGAAAUAUUUCUUGCGCAAGUAUAUUUCUCCUUAAAUAAAGAAGUAGUGUAUAAUAUAUUUAGUAUGGUUAAACUUUCCAUUAAAUAUUUUCUGAAGUGAAACCCUCGUCGGGUGACCCUCGUCUUCAAAAGAACUGGGGAG